GAACUCAUUGCACUCGAGUCUGUGUUUAUUUCAAGUGGCUGUGUAGUGCGCUAUAGAAAACACAGUUCCUUGUGUUUCAAGUGCAACGAAAGCUACAAGAGAACUUCAAAGACAGACUUCGGUACAAAAUGAUCAAACAAUUUCUCCGCCCGUUGCUUUCGGUUCGUCCGCUUCGCUGUAUGGUGGAUGAACGGUUCGACGUGCGCGUGCAGGGUUUACUGCCCGGGGUUCAUGUUACACUGCACGCGCAGUUCCAGUCUGAGGAUGGGGAUUUUUGGGAAGGUUUUGGUCACUAUGUUAGCAAUGAGACAGGAAAUGUCACAGUGUCUAAAGAUGCCAGUCUUGGUGGAUCAUAUGAUGGAGUUGAACCCAUGGGUCUGCUGUGGAGUAUGAGACCUAUUCCUGAAAGCAGGACAGGCCUCAGGUAUAGGAAGAAGGAUGUCCAGGCACAGACUGAUCUACACAUAUCUGUGUACAAAGGCCAAUUAACAGACAGAUUCCAGGAGAAGACACCGAUAGCAUCAGUUGUGGCACAGCGGUGGUACAUGGCCCCUGGUGUCCAGAGAGUUGAUGUUACAGAGAAAGGAUUAAAGGGGACCCUUUUUAUCCCACCAGGUCCUGGUCCUUUUCCAGCUGUGCUGGACCUCUGGGGUGGAGGAGGGGGUCUAGUGGAGUAUCGUUCUGCUCUACUAGCAUCUAAAGGCUACGUCGCAUUAUCUUUAGAGUAUAGUGACCAAAAGGAUGCUUUUGGCAAGCCACGGACUGUGGGGAUUGAAUAUUUUGAGGCAGCCAUCAAUGUGCUGAGGCAACAUCCAAAGGUGUCCCCUGAAAGAGUCGCCAUUUUGGGUUUGUCAUAUGGGGCUUUCUUGUCCAUGCACAUGGCAAUAUAUUCUUCAGUGAUAAAGCCCAGGUGUAUUGUCUGUAUUAGUGGUAGCCAUGUUCUACCUGUCAGCGGAUCAAGGGUUGAUAUGUCAGGACUGAUAAAAACAAUGAGCCAGAAAAUGCAUUAUGAUGAGGAAAAGAGGCAGAUUUGGCGAGAAUCUCUGAAACCAAUACCAGUUGACACUCUGAACAAACUUGACGUGGGUCGUAUUAAAUGUCCUGUUUUAUUGAUUGUUGGGGAAGAUGAUCAAAAUUGCCCUGCAUCAGAGUCAGCAGAUGACAUGAAGCAGAUGAUGGAGCGAGUUGGUAAUAGUCACUUCUUGACCGUUCUGUCCUACCCAGGAGCCGGCCACCUUAUAGAACCUCCUUACACUCCACAUUGCCGAGCCAGUAACUUCAUGAUGGCAGGGACAGGGACUACAGUGAUGGUGCUGUGGGGUGGACAGACAAAGGCUCAUAGUCAAGCUCAGGAAGAUUCCUGGCACAAAACUCUGGCCUUUUUUGAGCAGCACCUCUACAGAAACACAAAGGACGGAUUUGGUUUUGCAGUCUGCAAAUUUGUAGCUGGUGCUUAUGUAAGGGAUGCCUUAGUUAUCUUUUUAAUAGACCAGCCUUCUCUUCCGAAGUCAGUGCUUCAGUUCCCAGAGGCUGAGCCCGGUGAUGUCCCACCUGGUCAGUAUCGUGUUGCGACUCUUAAGCAGCUCGUUUCAGUUCAGAUACCGGACGCGAUUCCAGAUCCUGAGCUUAUAGAGUUGGUGUAUUGUGGCAGGAAGCUGAGGGAUGAACUGACGUUAGACUCUUAUGGGAUCCAAUCAGGAUCAACAGUCCACAUCCUGAGAAAGUCAUGGCCUGAACCUGAGAUCCACCCAGAGCCCGUGGACAGGGUGACGGCCGCAAGAGAAUUUCGUGUCCUGCAGACAGCUCUUCACACCAGCACAGCAUACAGAGACUCAGUUUUUAAGAUGCUGAACAACAAGGAGUCUUUGGAUCAAAUCAUUGUGGCGACACCUGGUUUGAGCACUGAUGCAGUCGCCCUUGCUGGCAGUGUUCCCACCCAGCAGAGUGCCAGCUCUUCUAGAAAUGCAUCCUCCAGCUCCUACAGUGAGAUGCCAGGUGGAUUUCUCUUCGAAGGCAUGUCAGACGAUGAGGAUGAAUUCCAGUCUGGGACUCGCAGUGGUCCAUCCUCAAGUUCUGCAGGUUCUUCGGGACUGAGGCCUGCUUCAUUAGGUUACAGUGGUGCAGUAGGUCCCAGGCCAAUCACACAGAGUGAACUUGCUACAGCUCUGGCCCUAGCCAGCACUCCAGAAAGCAGUGCUGUUACACCUACCAUAGGAAACCAGGGAGCUUCUUCAGGGGUUUCCCCGAUCCCUGCAGGAACUCCGAUAACAAAUGACCUUUUUAACCAGGCACUACAGCAAGCCUUACAGGUGUCUAACAUAUCGUCUCUACAGAGUCAGUGGCAAUCUCAGCUCCAGCAACUGCGUGAUAUGGGAAUCCAGGACGAGGAGCUGAUUCUGCGAGCCCUACAGUCUUCUUCGGUUGGGGUAAGUAACUCGUAUACGUGUUUAUACAGUUGUUGUUUUUUUCAGCCUAAGAAAAUGACCAAGCCGUUGCUUUCGGUUCGUCCGUUUCGCUGUAUGGUGGAUGAACGGUUCGACGUGCGCGUGCAGUGUUUACUGCCCGGGGUUCGAGUCACGCUGCACGCGCAGUUCCAGUCUGAGGAUGGGGAUUUUUGGGAAGGUUUUGGUCACUAUGUUAGCGAUGACUCGGGAAAUGUCACAGUGUCUAAAGAUGCCAGCCUUGGUGGAACAUAUGAUGGAGUUGAACCCAUGGGUCUGCUGUGGAGUAUGAGACCUAUUCCUGGAAGCAGGACAGGCCUCAGAUUUAGGAAGAAAGAUGUCUACACGCCAGUUGAUGUCCACAUAUCGGUGUAUGAACAUCACUUAAAUGAGGGAUUCCGGGAGAAAUCUCCUUUAGCAUUUGUUGUGGCACAGCGUUGGUACACUGCUCCAGGAAUCCAGAGGGUUGAUGUUACAGAAAAAGGCUUAAAGGCAAUGCUUUACAUCCCAGCAGGUCCUGGACCUUUUCCUGCUGUGCUGGACCUCUGGGGUGGAGGUGGGGGUCUAGUGGAGUAUCGCUCUGCUUUACUAGCAUCCAAAGGUUAUGUUGCAUUAUCAUUGGAAUAUAUUGGACGAGUAGACGCUAAUGGAAAGCCAUACCAAGUGGACAAUGACUACUUUGAGACAGCCUGCAUUGUACUGAAGCAGCAUCCACAAGUUUGCCCUGAAAGAAUUGCCAUUCUGGGUUUGUCUUUUGGUGCCUCUGUGACCCUGCGUAUGGCCGCAUACUCCUCAGUGAUAAAGCCCCGGUGUGUGGUGUGUGUUAGUGGAAGCCACAUCAUACCUGUUAGUGGAUCAUUGGCUGAUGUCUUUGCUGAGAUUGAAAAAAAUGUCAAAAACACCCGCUAUGACGAGGAACAGAGAAUCAUUUGGCGAGAUCUCUUGCUCCCAAUACCAGAUGACCCUUCAAAGAAAGUUGAAAUGGGUCGUAUCAAGUGUCCCAUUUUAUUGAUUGUUGGGGAGGAUGAUCAAAAUUGGCCAGCAAAGGAGUCUGCAGAAGAUAUGAAGCAGAUGAUGGAACGAGCUGGUAAUAGUCAUCUGUUGUCUGUUCUGUCCUACCCUGGAGCUGGACACCUCAUUGAACCUCCUUACAGUCCACAUUGCAGAGCCAGCAACUUUAUGUUGGGAAAGGGAAGGAAAAAAGUGGUGGUGCUGUGGGGUGGACAAACAGAGCCUCACAGUCAUGCACAGGAAGACUCCUGGCACAAAACCCUGGCCUUCCUGGAGCAACAUCUCUACAGCAACAUGAGACAUUAACAUCAAAUAUCAAUCACAUUGAGUCUGAAUGCAGUUUAUUGAAGAAAUUUGUACGUGCAGCAAUAUCUGUUGUGUCUUGCAUCAAUGAUUACACAGUUGUAGACAUAAUUAAGCAAUAAAUCUGAGGUAGUGAGAAUUGCAACAGUGCUCAGACACAAAUUUCAAACUUCAAAUUUCAGAGUCUGUAAUCCUUAAUAGUUUAUAUAAUAAUCUCAGAAUCUUGUUAAGCUUUUUCAAAUGAGUGCGAAUUUUGCUAUACAUGAUUAAAAUGAUUACCUAUGUGCAAUAUACAUCUUUUUUUUAUAUAUUUUGUUUUGUAUACACUAUUAUAUUAUGUCUCUAUUUUUAUAUAUCUGCAUUUUAUUACUCUUUGCUGCUGUUACAGUGAAAUUUCCCCAUUUUGGGACGAAUAAAUGUAUAUCUUAUCUUAAAAACUAAACAUGAAAGAUUUCACCGGCUAUUGAGAACAUUAGGGAACAUUCAUUCAUAAAAGACUGAUUCAGAUAUGUUUAUUUGUCUGCCAAUAAACAAAAUUAAUAGUA